AUGCUAUCUGCGGAAGCACCCUCAGCCUGGCUGCGAUUGGACAAUUGCUGGGUGGUCAAAUCAGCUGAGGGUUCCAAACGAAAAGAAGCUGAGACACUUCUUCCACUCAAUGUCAGCUAUACGACUCUCAAGCAGGUAGAGUAA